UGCCGCAGACGGAAGGAAAGGCCAAGCAGAGCACACACACCCCUGUCUGUCUGUCUGUGGACUCCACACUCCGGCACACACACACACACACACACACAGUGACACGAGUGUUUAGACACAGCAGCUUCUACGGAGGCGCACGACACGAAGAGGACUUGACUUUAAGUGAUUUCUGCGGCAUUACUGCGUGAAUGUGACGCAACCACACUGAACUCCAGCACCGACCGGUAAUUUGAGGUGGACUGGCUGCAGUGAUGUCCAGAUCCACAAAAUCAGCCUCUAGGUCUCGGAGCCGCUCAAGGUCCCGAUCAAGAUCCCGCUCCACCUCUCGCUCCAGAAGUCGAUCCAGAUCUCGAUCUAGGAAGCAUCGUUACAGCUCUAGGUCUCGGUCGCGCUCAAGGUCACGGUCAAGGUCUUAUUCUCCUUCUCAUAACCGGGACAAGAAAUAUCCUCGUGGAUACCAAAACAAUCGUGAGUAUCGAGGCUACCACCGUGGCUUCAGGAGACCAUACAACUUCAGGGGUCGGGGGCGUGGCUACUUCCCACGUGGACGCUACCAGCGAGGUGGAGGUGGUGGAUACAACAACAACAACAACCACAACAACUUUCGUCCCAACUGGAAGAAUUACAAGCAGAACCCUCAAAAACAGCAACAGCAGCAACAAAACAAUUCUCGAGGACGACAGCGAAAUGUCCAAAAUCGUUCAGGAAGCCCUCCUCAAAGUCACUCUCAUCACUUGGACCGGUCUUUAUCACCCCAGUCAAGGCAUUCCCAGCAUUCUUCAUCUUCUUCACACUCCUCUUCUCCUAAACGCAGAACAGCCUUGUUGCUGGCUAAUCAGAUCUCCAAAGAUGUGCAAGAGGGCCAUUCUGCAUCCAAGGAGGUCAAAAAGGGAGAAGAGCGAGACAUGGAGGCAGUGGAGCUUGGUAGGGUGUUGGCCGCAGACCCCAAAGAGGGUGCACGUGGUGGGAAGGCUGAGGGGAGCUGGCCUGGCCUGACAGACUGCAGCAGUCCAAAGAGAGACAGCCCCCUGGGCGCCUCUGCUGUUAGUGUUGGGCACAACAGCCGUAAUACUCCCCCUAACCAGGCUAGUCCAGUUACUAAAAACACAAAUGAUGUGAGCAACGGCCCCCCCUCUUGGCAGGUGGUGUGUAGUGCAUCAUCAACAAAAAAACCCACAAAGGAAGGUCUAAACCCUAUGCUCUCAAGCUUUGACUUCUUCUCCAAUGAGGAUUACCUGGAUGGAGAUAAAACAGCAAUCUCCAUUGCCUUCAGGAAGUUUUUGGAGGAGCAAAAUAAAAAAGCUACACCUGCCUGGCAAAAUGGCAAGAGCACAGAAGCAGAUGAUUUGGAUGUGGAGCCAGGGAAAGUAAAUGGCAAAACACCUACUGUUAUCUCUGACUCAGUGUCAAGAAAAUAUAAAGAGGACAUUGAUGGAGAAGUGUCUCUGAAAAGCUUUUUGAAAGCUUCUCCUUUUCUUUCUGAUGAUGGGGAGGAAGAGGUGGAGAUUAUCAGAACCCAUUCGAAGGCACUUCAGAAAGACUGCCACAAUGGGGACGAGCCCUUAAAGCCAAAGAAUAAGGUCACUCACUCAGCCCAAGAACUGUUAGAAGAGUGCUUUGGCAAAUGGCAGAGUGCAGCCUAUUCUCAAGUUGCUAACAGUGACCUUGACACCAUGGCAGAGGAGAUCUAUCUCAGUAGAAAACAAGAAAAGGCAGCUGCCAUUGCUGCUGCUUUGGCCAAGAGGGACUUAGCACACAAAUUUGAAGACCUCUCCCCUGAGAGAGGCUGUAAAACCAGGAAGAUGUCAAAAUCUCCACCUAUCCCAUCUCCCAUACUGCCAAGGAGGAACUCUGACAGAGAGAUGUUUAUGGUCAGAGGAGAGGACUCACCUCUCAUAUCCUCAAGAAAACAGGAGGCAAAGUUUAAUGUCAGGAUGGAUUUCCAUGGAGAUAGUCUUUUAAGCACUUCUGAUCUUUUAGCUGAAGAGCGGCAGUUGUCUCAGGAUCUUGUGCAGUCAUCCAAAAAAGAUCAGGCGUUUCGCUCUAUCUUUCAACAUGUUCAGUCUUCUCAGUCACAGAGGAGUCCCUCUGAGAUGUUUGCCCAACACAUUGUCACCAUUGUUCACCACAUUAAAGCUCAGCACUUUCCAUCCUCUGGAAUGACUCUAAACGAGCGAUUCACCAUGUACCAAAGACGAGCUGCAGAGAAGGAAAUGAUGAAGCCAAGAAAAAGCCCAGAGAUACACAGGAGAAUUGAUGUUUCACCAAGUGCUUUUAAGAAACACGCUCAAGUUUUUGAGGCGAUGAAAAGCGGAGAGGAUGGCACUUACAAGGACGGCGGGGAAAAAACGAAGGGGGACCCAGGAGACCUUCGUGUGGAUAUUGAACGCCGUAAGAAAUAUUCCACCCAUGACAGAGAUUAUAAUCAUGAUCAGGGAAGAAUUUUGGCCAAUUCCCCGGAUUCAAGUAGAGAGCGAUCUGAGGAAAAGUUUUCCAAAUGCUGCAAGAAAUCAAAUAAAAGCAUGAAGAAGCGCUCUCGCUCCAGUUCUUCCUCAUCUUCAUCAUCCUCCAGGUCCCAGAAAGAAGAUAUGGGUCAUGAUAAGUCUGAUUCAAAAGAUGAAGGCUUUAACAGGGCCCGACUGGGUCAAAGGGAGUCUCCAGGACUAGGUGACAGAGGACGGCCUCGUGGAGGAUUCCAAGUCCGAAUUCGUGGAAGGAGCUGGAACAGAGGCAAUUACCAGGGAAAUAAUUCACAUUUUAAUCCAGCAAACAUGGCAAUGCACCCAAAAAAUGAAGACUGGGACCCAGAGUACACUCCCAAGAGCAAAAAAUACUACUUGCAUGAUGACAGAGAUGGGGAAGUAGAGUGUAAAUGGAUGGACAACCGAGGGCGAGGGCGUGGAGGUUUCUUACGUGGAAGGGCGCGAUUCUUCAUCCGUAAAACCAACCCCGGUCUCGGCAGCAAAAGCUCCAAGUGGGUUCACGAUAAGUUCCAGGUCAACGGGGAGCAAAGUGGAGGACAGGAGGAGGAGACGGAACAGGACCACAAAGAAGGAGGACAGAUCGACGGAGACAAUACUUGAGCAUCUUAACUGUCUUUUGUGUUACUCGGGGCUCUGACGCAGUGAUUUUUAUUCCCACCGCAAUCCAUAAAUGCAGAUUAAAUCGUUAAAAUUUAAUCUUUGGUAAAAAUUCUGUGCUUUUGUGUCUGCUUAGGUCAGGGGUGAGCAACCUGUAGCUCCGGGGCCACAUUUGGCUCUUGGGCCCUUCUCAUUUGGCUGCGUUUGGCUUCAUCAAAAAACAUAUGGAAAUGAAUUACACUUUGGUUUGGGGUUUUUUUUCCACAUUUUUCUAUUAUUAUCGGAAGCAUAAAGUCAUUCUGAUGUGCAGUUGUAAAAAUGUAGACUAGACCUCAAAUAUCUACAAACUCCAGAUUUUGUAGGAACUGGGAGAUUGGUGUGAACCCAUCAUUCGUAAGAAUCCUUGUGACCCUCGCAUAACAUGUCUCUUUAGAUCAGGAGUGUCAAACUCAUUUUAGUUCAGGGGCCACAAUCAGCCAAAUUUGAUCUGCAGUGGGCCGAAACUGUAAAAUAAUAACAUAAUAAUAUAGAAAUAAUGUCAACUCCAAACUUUUCU